CAGCCAACAGUCUCGUCUCCGCACCAUUCGAUCCGUCAUUGCACCCUUGACAGCGACAGCGACGAUGGCGCUGCCUUCAUCAUCCUCAUCAUCAUCAUCAUCAUCUCAUCCAUCUACUAGCAAUGCCACCAUCUCCUCCUCCCACAUGCCGCCACGCCAACGCUACCUCAAACAGCGCAAGGUCGGCGAAGGAACCUACGCCUCCGUCUUCCUCGCUCGUGACCUUGAAACCAAUACACGAGUCGCAAUCAAGAAGAUCAAGAUCUCAGCCGCAUCUGCAGGUGGAGCUGACGGCUUAGACCCAACAGCGCUCCGUGAAGUGGGCUUCUUGAGAGAGAUGAAGUGCGAGAAUGUCAUCGCUUUGCUGGAUGUCUUUGCAAGUGGUGGUGGUGGGGCAGGAGGGCAGAGUUUGAAUCUCGUCUUGGAGUUCUUGGAUACUAACAUGGAGGCGCUCAUCAGGGAUAGAGGCCUCGUCUUUACCCCGGCAGAUGUCAAGAGCUGGUUGGGCAUGCUGCUCAAGGGGCUCGACUAUUGUCAUGCGAUGGGAUGCCUGCAUAGGGACUUGAAACCAAACAACUUACUCAUUUCACCCACCGGUCAUCUCAAGUUAGCAGACUUCGGUCUCGCCCGCGAACUCGCCCCACCUUCGACCCGCAUGACAAACCAAGUCAUUACCCUCUGGUAUCGCCCUCCAGAACUCCUCCUCGGCGCGCGCCACUACAGCUCAACUGUAGACGUCUGGUCAGCGGGCGCCAUCUUCGCCGAAAUGAUGUUGCGUACCCCGUACAUGCCGGGGGAGGGGAGUGAUGCGGCUCAGCUAGCAGUCAUCUUCCAGGCCAGAGGAACGCCAACCACGCAAGAGUGGGCGCAUUGGAAAGAGCUACCUUUGGCAUCAUCCAUGGCCCCAGCUCAGCAACACCCUCGCCCUCCUACGGCUAGCUUGUUCUCCGGCGCAGGGAGAGGAGCAUCACAGCUGCUAGACGCUAUGCUGGCUUAUGACCCGGCUAAGCGUCCCAGCGCUCAGGAUUCACUACGUCAUCCCUACUUCAGCCAGCAUGCUCCAUCGCCAACUCGACCAGAGGACUUGCCACGACACAAGGAAAAGGAGGGAGAGAUUGCGCAGGGUUUGUUGGAAGAGAGUGGAGAGAGGGACGAAAAGAGGCGCGCUGGUGGGGGUGAGGCGGUCAUAGCCGUCAAGAAGCAGGCGCAAGCGGAAACAGCGCCGGGCAACCAUGCUAACGGCAAUGCUAAAGCAACGACCAACGGCAAACGCAUCGUAGCCACGAGGGAGAUGAUCGAGGAGAGGAAGAGGAUGGCCAGAAAGAUGGCUUUUGGAUGAACGGCGGUGAGCAGGCUGUCCUCCGAAUCAACUGUAUUUGUACCGGCCCACAGCAGGAUGAUUACACGACUGAAAGCAUGGCUCUUGCGCUCCUCCCUUCGACUGUGAUCG